GGGCCGCGGGCUCUGCGCCUGCGCGGGAGGCGGGCGCGCGAGACGCCGGGCCGCUCCCCGCGGGAAGCGCUUCCGGCUGCUCGCGGAAGGUUCUGGAAGUUCGGGAGCGGCGGCGCCGCGCCGACGACCUGCCGGUCAGAUUGUUGGCACCAUUAGAGACUAGGUUGAUCCAGAGAGAUGGCUGAAAGCGAUGGAAAAGAAAAAGUAAAGUGGACAACCACCAUUAUUAUUAGCUCAUCUCUUAAGAAUUGUGAAGUUGCGACUGCCCUAGAAAAUCGAAGCCACAAGGUUCGGUACUCAAAUUCAGUGAAAAAUGGAUCAAUUAUAUUUUCUCUUUCUGGAGUUGCAUUUUUAUUGAUGGAUGCUAAAGAAUGCUUUAUGUCUACUGAAGAGGUAUUCCUAGCCGAAAUUGAGAAUUUUAUUAACCUCCACCAGAAUAGUUUUCUGGUUCUGUCUGCUGCCCUCCACGGGCCCCAGGAAUGGAAGCUAAUGUUCAGGAUUCAGCAGAGAUUCCUGGGUAGUAACUUACGGAUACUUCCAGUACACAACACAAUAAAUGCUAUUAAUCUUAUGUGCACUAUAGCUAAGGUCACCUCCAAAGCAUACAUAGACAGCAUCUGCUACAGAAUGAUAACAACCAAAGCUCACAUCAUUGAGAAGAGUCCUGUUUGGAAAACACUUCAGAAGAUAAAGCUAGGUAGUGAUUCAUUUAAUCCAAAUUAGAUUAUAUAUGUGUUCUUCUGGAAGAAUAUUAAAAUAAUUAGACUGGCUAAAUUAUAAUGUUCAAAUGUAUAUUUAAAGAUUUUAAUAUUUUUAAAAUAAAAUGGCAUGCAAUUAAAACUGA